CCGAGCAUUCUUUCUUCACCUGAGCAUUUCGCAGAGCUUCCGGUAACAGUUUGCAGCCGCCGACCAGAGAGUGAGAGAGAGAGAGAAAAUGUCUGGGUGGGACGAGGGAGGCGUAUACUACAGCGACCAGGGGCAGUUCCCCCAUGGCGGAAGCGAUCAGGCGGAGACGGCCAAUCGGCACACAGCGCUGCAGAAAUUCAAGGAAUUUAUCAGGAAUUUCCAGCGCAAGAGCCAGCCGAACGUGUUUCCCUACAGAGAAGCCCUACUGUCGAAUCCCAAAUACCUGCUUGUCGAUCUCGCCGAUCUCAUCUCCUACGAUCCCGACCAGGCUCUCCCCCAAUCUCUCCGCGCCAAUCCUGCCGACUACCUUCCUCUUUUUGAAACUGCCGCAGCCGAUGUUCUUGCAAGUCUAAAAUCAAGGGUAGCUGGAGAAACUGGUGAAAUGGAGGAGCCAGAGCCAGGGGAAGUGCAAGUAUUAUUGAGGUCUGAUCAGGAUCCUGCUUCGAUGCGUUCAUUGGGGGCACAAUACAUUUCAAAGCUUGUAAAAAUAUCUGGCAUUGUCAUCGCCGCUUCGAGGACCAAGGCAAAAGCUACAUAUGUUACUUUGUUGUGUAAGAAUUGCAGGAAUGUAAAGCUUGUACCGUGCCGACCAGGUCUUGGCGGAGCUAUUGUACCCCGGUCUUGCGAUCACGCACCUCAGCCUGGAGAAGAUCCGUGCCCUAUUGAUCCAUGGAUGGUGGUUCCAGAUAGAAGCAAAUAUGUUGAUCAACAGACACUGAAAUUACAGGAAAAUCCUGAGGAUGUGCCCACUGGAGAGUUGCCUAGAAACAUGCUUCUAUCAGUUGAUCGUCAUCUUGUGCAAACAAUUGUACCUGGAACUAGAUUGACAAUCAUGGGGAUCUACAGCAUCUUUCAAGCUGCCAAUUCAUCAGCUUCUCACAAGGGAGCAGUAGCAGUUAGGCAGCCCUAUAUCAGGGUUAUUGGAUUAGAAAUGACAUCUGAAGCUAAUUCUCGGGGUCCAACUGAUUUCACCAGAGAUGAGAUUGAAGAAUUCAAAAAAUUCGCAUCAGACAAUAAUGCCUAUGAGCAGAUAUGUUCAAAGAUUGCUCCAUCAAUAUUUGGCCAUAAUGAUGUCAAGAAGGCUAUUGCCUGCCUUUUAUUUGGAGGCUCAAGAAAGAAUUUGCCAGAUGGUGUUAAAUUAAGAGGUGACAUCAACGUGCUACUCCUUGGAGAUCCAUCGACAGCUAAAUCACAGUUCCUUAAGUUUGUCGAGAAGACAGCUCCAAUUGCUGUUUAUACUUCUGGGAAAGGCUCAUCUGCUGCUGGUCUUACUGCUUCCGUAAUUCGAGAUAAUAGUUCUCGGGAAUUUUAUCUGGAAGGAGGAGCCAUGGUGUUGGCAGAUGGAGGAGUUGUUUGCAUUGAUGAGUUUGACAAAAUGAGGGCUGAAGACAGAGUUGCUAUUCAUGAAGCCAUGGAGCAGCAAACAAUUUCCAUUGCCAAAGCAGGUAUAACAACAGUUCUCAAUUCAAGAACAUCUGUGCUAGCAGCAGCCAAUCCUCCAUCCGGGCGUUACGAUGAUCUCAAGACAGCUCAAGACAACAUUGAUUUACAGACAACCAUUCUUUCAAGAUUCGAUUUAAUCUUUAUAGUGAAAGACAUCAGAAUGUAUGCACAAGACAAGAACAUCGCUAGCCACAUUAUCAAAGUUCAUGCGUCUGCAGAAGCAGCAUCAAGCGACACUAGGAUCUCCAAACAGGAUAACUGGUUGAAAAGAUACAUCCACUACUGUCGAACUGAGUGCCAUCCCCGUCUUUCAGAGGCCGCAGCAUCUAGAUUACAGGAGAACUAUGUCAAGAUUAGACAGGAUAUGAGGCGCCAAGCGAAUGAAACAGGCGAAGCAACUGUAAUACCGAUUACAGUGAGGCAGUUAGAAGCUAUUGUGAGGCUAAGUGAAGCGCUAGCUAGAAUGACGUUGUCUCACGUAGCGAAUGACAACCAUGUCGUGGAAGCCAUCAGGCUCUUUAACAACUCGACAAUGGAUGCAGCCCGUUCUGGAAUAAAUCAACACAUAAACCUAACCCCAGAAUUAGCGAACGAAAUAAAGCAAGCGGAAACCCAAAUUAAAAGGCGAAUGGGGAUUGGGAGCCAUUUAUCAGAGAGGCGACUAGUAGACGAUCUCGCCAGAAUGGGCAUGAAUGAAUCCAUUGUUAGGAGAGCUCUUCUAAUCAUGCAUCAAAGAGAAGAAGUCGAAUACAAGAGGGAGCGCCGAGUAAUCGUGCGUAAAGCUUAAGGAAUGAAUAUAGUUUCUUAAGUGUUGAAUUAUACUCAACUUUGUUCUUAUCAUCUAAAAACUUCAGACUUAAGUACCAAACUAAGCUACUACUUCAUUUUCAUUUAUAUGAUCAAAGAAGAGUAAGCAAUUGUUCAAUUAGCUAUUAUAAGCCAAAAUCGAAGAGUUACAAUUGUUCAACUACAACA